AUGGCUCAGGAUUGGCAGCGACUUGGCGUGACCGGGGCUGGUUUGCCACCGCGGUGGAGGGGUAGGAAGAGCCCCUGCCAGGAGCAGAAGGAGGGGGACGAAGUGUGUCGGAGAUUAGCACUGUACGUAUAUGAAUAUCUGCUCCAUGUAGGAGCACAGAAAUCCGCCCAGACGUUUUUGUCAGAGAUAAGAUGGGAAAAAAACAUCACACUGGGGGAACCCCCAGGAUUCUUGCAUUCUUGGUGGUGUGUAUUUUGGGAUCUCUACUGUGCAGCUCCAGAAAGACGAGAAACAUGUGAACACUCAAGUGAAGCAAAAGCCUUCCAUGACUAUAGUGCUGCAGCAGCUCCCAGUCCAGUGCUAGGAAACAUUCCCCCAGGAGAUGGCAUGCCAGUAGGUCCUGUACCACCGGGGUUUUUUCAGCCUUUCAUGUCCCCUCGGUACCCUGGAGGUCCAAGGCCACCUCUAAGAAUACCCAAUCAGGCCCUGGGAGGUGUCCCUGGAAGUCAACCACUCCUGCCCAGCGGGAUGGACCCCACACGGCAGCAGGGACAUCCAAACAUGGGAGGGCCGAUGCAGAGGAUGACUCCUCCGAGGGGAAUGGUGCCAUUAGGACCACAGAACUAUGGAGGUGCCAUGAGACCCCCACUCAACGCUUUAGGUGGCCCGGGGAUGCCUGGGAUGAACAUGGGUCCUGGGGGUGGCAGACCAUGGCCAAACCCAACCAAUGCUAAUUCUAUACCUUAUUCUUCAGCAUCUCCUGGGAACUAUGUAGGUCCCCCAGGAGGUGGAGGGCCACCAGGAACACCCAUCAUGCCUAGUCCUGCAGAUUCAACCAACUCUGGAGACAACAUGUACACUUUAAUGAAUGCUGUACCUCCUGGACCCAACAGACCUAAUUUUCCCCUGGGACCAGGGUCAGAUGGGCCGAUGAGUGGACUGGGUGGAAUGGAUUCACAUCAUAUGAAUGGAUCAUUAGGCUCAGGAGACAUGGACAGUAUUUCCAAAAACUCUCCCAGUAAUAUGAGCAUGAGCAACCAGCCUGGCACUCCCAGAGAUGACAGUGAGAUGGGUGGAAACUUCCUAAACCCUUUCCAGAGUGAGAGCUACUCCCCUAGCAUGACAAUGAGUGUGUGACCCGCUCACCAGUGUCACCACGAAGACCACAGUGAGUUGGCCCUCUCCAGAGAGCUACUGCAGAAGAAAAUUGCUCGUCCCAGUGUACAGUUUAACUAAAGGAUCUCAGACACAAUCAGACCCACCUGGUUUGUUUUUCUUUUCCUACCAUCUCCCCCAUUUUGUCAAGGAAGGGGGUCCCAUGCUUGAGACAACUGUAAAGAGUGCUGUGACAGACCUGUCCGAGGUGGAACUGCAAGACUGUCUAUGUGUGACAUGUGUGGGUCAAUGUUGUGUGUGUGUGUGUGACACAGAAACACACACGCACAUCCAGACACCCACAGGACAUUGUAAAAUAGUAUCACAUCACAUCUUAAGUAGAAAUGAGAAGUAGGGACUUCUAUUCCAUUUUUUUUUUCACGUUUACAUUUUAAUUAUUAAAAUUUGCUUUCCUUGUUCCCUCUUGAACUGUUCUACAUUGCAUAUAUCACUGCUUUAUAAGUUAUUUUUUAAGUUGAACUCAAAUGAUAAAUUCUUUUGAUUUUGUUAAUGUCUGCCAUUAUGGAUAGGAAUAAAAUUGCUUAUAAGAGCUUUCAUUAACUUGUGUUUGAUACCAGCUACCCUGUGAAUCACAAAUUGUACUGUCUCAAGAAAUAGAAGAAAGCUCAUCUUAAUUUUUUUGAGAAAUUUGAUAACUUUCACAUAGUUUGGGGAUUUUUUUUUUAAUACUUUGCCUUUAAAAAGAAAAGAAGCACUGAAGGUUAUUUUUCUUCUUUAAUUGAAGCCUAAUAUCUGCAAUAUCUAUUUUAAAUGGAAGCCUGAAUUUGAUACAAGCUUCUCAGUUUAUAUAGAGUACUAUAAGGUUACUGUAAGUGAGCUCCAAUUGCUUUAGAAUCUAGCAAUAAAGAACAGGGCUUCCCCCUGCCCUUGGAAAUGAGUUUUCUAUUUAGCAUGGUCUUCUCUAGGGGUGGUAGUUAGUGAAAAUACAGUAGAGUCCUUAUCACCAAAACACUUUCUAACAACUUACAAUUAUAUUUCCCGUUUUCAGUGAUUCUCAAAUGCAUAGUAACAGUUCAUGGUCCUAAUUAUAAACAGUGUUUCACAAGCCCAUUCUGUGAAUCAGGUCACCAUGCUGCUGCUUGGGUGUGUGUUUUCUACCAUGUCUGCCAGAAUUAAUUCCCCCAAAACUUUCCAGUCAGCAGCCUUUUUUGAGCCAAAAUGUUGCAGUACAAAAGGUCUUACCUUUUGCCAUGAACAGAAGAGGAACAAAGCUCUGGGCCAUUUUAAGAGUGGAACAACCUGUUAGGUGUGAAAGCUGGGAACAGAAGGUUGAAAAGGUCCUAAAAGAAAUGCUUCUGGAAGCCGUCCCAUAUCUCCUGAGGCAGAGCUCUGAAACCAAGAUUAUGGUACAUUUAUUUAGUUCCUAGUGAUUCACAGUUCCCCCAAGAAAACAGAGGUUUUGAGUUUGUAGUGAUCAACAGGCUGAUGAUCAGCAAUGUGGGCACAAAGUGGCUCAGCAGAAAUUCAGGCCACAGACAAAAAGCAGAUUUCCCUCCUUGGACUUACAGAUCAGUUCUGGGGUGUGGUAUGUCCAUGUGCAAGGGGAUUUUUUUCAUGAAUUGUGAUAAAGGAGCAUAUGGGAUGGGCUUGUUGUGAUGGCAGCUGCACGUACUGGGAUGUGUAAGGAAUACUACAAUCUCCUAACUCAUUUUUAUUUCCAUUUAUUAUAUGUGUAUAUCAUAUAUGGAAAUAAAAAAGAUUUAACACUUCACUCUCUUGUUAGGGCUAUUCAUGCUCAGAGGCUUAAAAUUAUGUUAAAGUAUCAAAGAUUUUGGUAGCAUUACCUUUUAGUAGUAAGAACUACUUUGAUUAGUUGUAAACAUCAACUAUAUAGUCAUUAUAUGGUUUUGUAGACUGUAUUCCCAGUGAUUAUGAAGGUCACAUUCAUCUGUUUCUGUUUGGAUAACACUUUGUUGCUGUCUCCAAAGAUGGAGACACUAUUGACUUGAGUUACAAACACAAAAUCAGGUGUUAAUUUCCUCAGACCCUUUGCUGUUGUCACUCACACCACUGGUGUGUUCCCAGAGUCCAGGUGUCCUUGCAGCCUGUGUUGACACCUGUAUUAUCUGUGGUAGCCUUCCAGGAAGGACCUGGGGACUCUUUUCUGCCCAGUUCCAGUCAGGUGAUGUCACUGGCUCCUGGACUGAGGUAGAUGGGGGCUGUGAAUCAAGUGUCAAAGCCUGUUCGCACCCCAGGUAAGUGUCCUGUUGGGCACUUUUGCAGGAUAGAAGUCUGGCCACCAAAGCUGUCAAGGAAGCCCCUUAAAUGGAAUCGCCAACAUAUACUGGAUAUUGCUAUGAAAAUAUGUUAUCCUCAUUUUAAUAUAUGAGUAAAGCGUCCUUUCAGGCACCUGAUUUACUUGGUGUGUCCAACGUUUCUCAUACCCACAUAGCCCCACCGACAGCAGCUGAUUUUUUUUUUUGUAAUAUGCACUGGGCUUUUUGCUUGUUCAUUUUUGUUUCUUUUGCUUACAAAUCCUUGUAGGAUUUUCAUCAUACCUUGAGUAUCGGUGUGGAAAGAAAGACUAUUCCCAAGCUCCCAAUUCUGGGAGCAAUUUUAUUUUAAGUAGUGCAGGAUAGGUUUUUUCCUCUGGGCUUUUAGAUAGAUUUUGCUCUUUAAUAUAGAAAUAGAUAAUGGUGAAUCUUUAAAUGGGUCUUUCAGACAAGGUUUUUAAAAACAGAAGUGAUUAAAUCUUAGAGUAGCAAAAAUAGGGAGUAGGACAUCUUUCAUACUGUGAGAACUCUGGCAAGUCUUCUGGCCUUGUAGAAAUCAGCUGAAAUUGGAAUUCACUUCUGAACUUCACAGUGAAACCAGUAUUUAACGUGCUGCAUAAAGCUGUGAAAAUGAGUAUUCUUACCCAGAUUUAUCUGCACAUCACCCAGAUUUUAUCACCGUGUCCAAGCCCUGGCAAGAACAGGGCUUGGGGCAAGGAAGAAGCUGUCUGAAUCACAGGUAAAUCACAUGGCCUGACAUGUGGAUCAAGAAAAUACCCAGGUAUUUGCAUGUAUGCAUUGAGUUAUUAAUCGCCUGAGCAAGAGGAAGACCUGCAGUUGCACUCCAAAAAAAGUGCCAUUUUUUAUUUUGUUGCAGAGCCCUAGUAAGUUCAGUGUUGAACUUUUUAUUCCUUUUUUCUCCCCUUACCAGUCAAAAUGACUUUUCAGCUGAUACGUUACACCUAAUUUCUAUUUCUCAUAUCAGUUAAUUAUUUUUGUGUGUUUCCUCCUGUUCCUGGUCAGCCCUGAUUUGUUGUUAUGAUGGCUAAAUAUGGAUUGGAUUCUUCAAUAUUUGACCCUACACAUUCGCAUUUCGAUAAUGUAAAAUAUAGCUUAAUGAUGUAAAAAAUACAGGUAAAUUUACUUUUCUUUAAUUCACUGUAAGUGAUGAUAUAACUGUGGCUCCUGUCCCGCUUGGACCUUAAGGAUGGGAAUCCUGACAAAGUACAGUUCUCAAAUAAACCCCCCAAAAUUAUUUCAAUAGUGACAUCUCACACUAAGGAUCUAAUUCAGGAUUUAAUGAUCCAAAACAACUAUAAAAAUUAAAAGACAGAUGACAGAUUUAGAUUUGACUCUAUGCAGCUCUCUCUGCUUUCUAGUUAUUACUGGCACAGUCCUACAGGCUGCUGCUUGUGCCAGUUCUCCUGCUGAAACUUGGAUGAAACCACUCACAUAAGGUCAUUUUUUGGGUAGGACUUCACCCUGAUCUGGGUCAAAUUUGUAACUUACCUAAGGUGUGACAUUAUUUGGUAGAUGUGUAAACUGAGUACUUAGAACAAAAUACAGAGGGUCCAUUGAAAUUACCGAAAUAAUGUUUCAACCUGAAAAAUAAGAAAAAAGUAUUUAAAAUACCGCUUUGAGCGCAUGCUUGCAUAUUGUCUAUAUAUUGGGAACAAAUUACCAAAUUUAGAGAUAAAAAUGGAUCAUCUUAUUCAGCACAUUAAAACUCUGGUCUUUCCAUUGAGUUGGCCUUGGUUUGAAAUUAAGCCUGUACAUUGUUGAUUUUAAACAGAUUUAAGAAUACAGGAAAUUUCCUUCAGGAAAUUAGGAAAGUAGGACCGUGCUUUUGAGCAUGGAUGGUCUUUCCUAAGCAGACAUUAUUUUAAAGUUAUCACCAGUGCAGGAGCAUUUAUGUAUCAAUAGUACUGACAUGAGGAGCAGAUUUGGCUUUCUUCUGUUUCUUACUUUAUUAGAGCUUUGUUCACUACUACAUCGACUAUUUUUGUGAAUUUGUCCUUCCACCUUGUUUUAAAUCGUGCAGCCAUAGUUACCCCAACACAGCCAACAGCUUUGCAGUUUUAGUCCAAACUUCUGUUUGGUCGCUGUUCUUCAUUUAAGCUUGAAGUGUGUAAGAAAGCCUCUCAUGUAAUGGGAAAACUUGCCAUAAAAAUGUAUAAAGGUUUUCUUGGGUACAUGUUUUCACAUUUAAUAAAAACGCAGUUUUUGGUUAUAAUUUGAAGUGGUCAGUUUCUAACCACUAUUUAAUUUUUGCGUGCAGAAGAAAUUGAGAGAGAAAAAAAAUCACUUUUUGAGUUUUUGUUUUGCUUUGGUUUGAUUUUUUUUUUGUAUUUGUUUGAAUUCAGUGUCAUAAAUGUUUGCUGAUGAUGUGGUUUUUGGGAGAAAUCAGAUCAAAACCACAUUUGCUGCCUAGUUGUAAGUAGUACAGGUGGACUUGGUGUUGAAAGCUCCUGCCACAUCCCCAAAAGCAUAUCUCUUGAUUUCUGAUUUGUGUGGCUUUGUAUGAGCCUAAUUCACAGGCAGUGAUUUAAUUUGUCUGUCCAGUGCUUUCAGUGUGUCUCAUGGGAGGUCCAGGGUUCUGUGGUCUCAGGAGAGUGACCGAGUGGUCGAGCAAGCUUGUUCCCAGGGUCAGGGUGUUCAGGACCCGGGGAUAAUCCACCAGAAACAAGGUGUUUGUUCGCUACCUCGCUGUUCUCUUGAGAACUUGCACAACUCUUCUUGCCAGUAGGUUCUGGGGAUCCUUUAAGAUUUUACAUUGCUGAGACAAGAAGCUUCCUUUUGCUAAGAGAAAAUCCUGGCAGUUUUUAGCAACAAUUUUCGUACGGAAACAGCUCAAAACAUGGGUAUUUGGAAAGGUGAUGUGUUUUCUCAGUACCCUGAGUGUGCUAGGAAAUAGAUUGUACAAUUUAGGAGUUUGGGCUGUUACAGAGAUACUGAAAUCAUCAGUAAUUGCUUUUGAUGGGAAAAAUCACUGGCUGUGGAACAACUGCUCUGAUCCUUGAGGAGUCAAACUGUCAACUGGGUGAACUGGAUGUUUUAGGGUUUUUUUCCUGUUGUUUAAUCUUCAUGUUUAUCCUCUCUCAUUUGGAUUUUCCCGUUAAAUGUACUGUGCCAGAUCUUUGCACAAAAAUAAGAGCAUUUUGCCCAAUAAACCUGCAGAAAGUUGUUCACAUCUGUAAUUACAGCCCUGCUGUAGAGAGUUUAUUUCAUUAUAGAGACUUUUGAGCAUAAGAACAGAUAAGGAGUGGCAGUGCAGCAUCCUGACAGCUCUCACUGCUCCAGAUCAGGAAUGCUAGCAUCCCACAGACUCCCAAAUUAGGUGAGAUGGCUCCUAACAAUGACAUAAAAUAGCUUGAAAUAAAAGCUGAUUCUUGUCAUGCAGAUUAGAGGAAAUAAAAUCCCAAAUACAGGAUAUAUUUAAUUAAGGUAGAAAUACACUAAAGCCAUCUCUAACAGGAGCACAGAGCACAUCCAACAACUUAGAGGGAAAGCAAAGCAGCAUUGCUAAAUUGUUGUCAAUAAACAUAACAUUCAAAAGCAGUUAUAAGCUAUUUUUCAUUUCCAUUUUUCAAGUAUAUUUUAAUUUUUCUGAUUAACUUGUAGUUUUGAUUUUAUUUGAAUUUACACUAAUGGAUAAGGAAGAGAACACAAGUUCCUAAACUAGAGCUGGAAUUACAGACAUGAAAUAGUGGCUUGAGUAAAGCUGGAGCUUUCUGUUAGUUAAGAAUCAAGUAAAUUUUUUAAUUAUUCUUUUUCCAGGACAAAAAGCAUCCAAACAGUAAACAUUUUUAGCCUUGUUGUGGCUGUUUGAGAAGUGUGAAUCAAUGCUAUGCUUGGAGACCAGUUUUCAGGGCUUUUUUUUGUGGCAGGUAUCCCCAUGCAGUGCAUCUAUUUUGUGCAUGUUUGUCUAAAGCUACCAAAAAAACCCACCUUUUUUUUUCCUGAACUUCUGUACACACAUCUGGUUCUGGUGGGAAGAGGAGGAAGAUUUGGUAGCUGGUGGGUUAGCAUAUUUAUGUGAAUUACUUAAAGCAUUAGUAAACUAUUGUCAACUCUGUUCACAUUGCACAAGAUACUCUGUGUAGUCUACUGCUGGUAUUAUAACCUAGGUGAUCAGUGCAUAUUCUGUAAAUUCCUGUAGGUUUUGUGUAAGAAAUCUUGUCACCACUGCUUACUGCUGUAAAUUCUUGUUUUGAAGCAAGAGGUGGCAUUUGAUUGUACAGCCAUGCGUAUUAUAUACUACAACAGUCCUUGUUCUGUCCUCUAGACUCACUGUCCACAUAGAGUUGAAGCUCUGUUAAGCAUGCGUAAUGGUUUCAGAAUUUAUUUCAGAUAGCAGAUCUAUAAGCCAUUUACAGGAAUAUUAAAUGUAAUGUAAGAGAAUCCAACCCAGUUCGUACCCUUUCUUGAGAGCUGGUGGUUGGAUUUUAGCAGGCAGCUGCAGGUCAGCAGGUUCUAUGGCAUCCCAGCUGCGGCUGCCUGCACACCUGGGAGGUGCCACACCUGGGCAGGUGUCCCCUGGCAAAGGGGUGCCCCAGGUACAGAGCCUGGGCAGGCUGCUGCCUUACAAAGACGUGUGAGCUAGUGUCUUUGUUUUUUCCCAAAAACUGCAUCAGUGCCAAGACUGAAACCCAUCUUUAAGGGCAUGCAGGAGGUGCGGUGCUGCCUCCCUAUUGUGUCCUCCUCCCCACCCACCACAGGCUCCACCUGAGGUGGUAUUUUAAGGAGAAUUUAACUCUCUGUCUGUUGAGAGAGAAAAAUAACCUGAAUUCUUGGACUAUGGAUUCUUUUUUAUAGUAUUUUAUGAUGUACAGCAAAGACCUGAAAAUGUCUGUGUGUUCUUUGCUGGUUUCUGACAUCAGAAAUUCAAGUCCUGUCUAGUCUGAAAGGCAAUGAUGGGAAAGGUGGAAAAGCUUGGAAAGUUGAAGGGGAUUCUUACUUGGAUUAUUUUAAAUGUUUUUAUUGAUAGUUUAAAUGACUAGGUUAAUCUCUUGAAUCAAGGCAGUCUUAAUGACUUUGCACCUUCACCAUUUCAUGUAAGACUUUGAGAACUUGCAAUAAAUGUUUCUCACACUUACAGUCCAAUAUGUAGAUAAACUCCUUAUAUUUCUAAGAUCAAAAAAUAUUUCUACAGUUACUUCAGCCCUUUACAGAGAACAACAGGGCAAUCCCAAUCCCAUAAUCCCAAGUAUUUGUAGGUGUAUUUUAGACAAAGAAUGACUUUCAACAUCAUAAAUGAAACAAAUGUUCAAUGUUCCAGUCUCUGGAAGUAAUGGAAACCUCAGUAAUUUUGCAAACCAGCAAGAAUUAAACUUGUCAAUAUAAAUAUUAAUGUAGAAAGUGCAUGCAAAACUCGAUACUGCCUCUGACCUUAAGCAUUAAUAUUGAUAAUAUUGGGGAUCUCACAAAUGUUGUGUGUUACAGAACCGCUGUAUUUCUCCUCAGUGUGUACUUCAUCUUCAUUACCGACAGCUACUGCAAAGAGCCAAUCCAUGCCGUAGCUGAGGCGUGGAGAUACAAACUUCCCACAGCAUCAUAAAUACGUGAACAUGUGUGUGUGUUGUGUUAGGAUGAGUAACCACUCCAGCUACAAACUCCUCCAGACCUUGUCUGUAUUUUCAGAGCAGCCUGUGGGAUGGGUUUGGAAGGUCAGCAGCCUGUGUGGAUGCUGCCUGACAGCGAUCCCAUCCCACAUGGCCUCGGAUCUGGCUUUGGGGGAUCAUCAUGAAGUCAAGCCUCACUGGUUUUUACCUGUGAAAAGUUCCUUGCCAGACUGGGAACUGUAAAGACACGGAUAGUGCGGGUCACUGACCCAGAGCGUGUCUGCAUUGGAGCCUCAGGCAGGACUGUGACAGACAGUUUGUCAUGGUGAUACUGUGCCACCACAUCAGACUUGUUUCCGCUCCACACUGUGGCCUGAUUCAUCCUGCCAUAAUCUCAGCUGGCUAAAAAUUACCAUCCUGGGUCUCCUGUGUAAGUCAGAGGAGGGACAGGAGAGGAGAUGCCUCUGGAAGAUUGUAUGAUGGCAUCAGCUACCCUGCCACUGAUGAAGAGCUGGAAUUAGGUGGGAUGAAUCCAUGAGUUUACAAUUGGCUUAGGUACCUCUGCACAAAAGUGUAUUUAUUUGAGCUUGGUAAGGACAAGAAUAAUGCAGGUUCUUUGAACCUGAAUCUGAGUAGCUUACAGAUGAGUUUCUGAAUUCAAUCUUAAACAUUAGAUUUCUGCUCCAUAGUUGCUCUUUUAUUUUUACUUCAGGUUUUAUGAACAGGUAUAACUUUAACUAACUUGUUGGAAGGUUUACACCUGCCUAGAAAUGCUCACCUUUAUUUGUUAAGUGGGCUCCCUCAUUGUCUGCACCGAUUCAUUUAUUGAAAGCAACACAUGAAGAAACCAUUGCAUAGAUCAAUCAACACCAGCAAUAGCGUACGCAGCUUUUAAAUUCAGCUGUGAGCUUGGAACUAAGGUAUUAAUGUUCAUACUUUCCGGGUGUGGCUAAAGAUUCCUUUCCUGAGAGCAUUAAGGAAUAAAUCUAGGAGGUUGUGAUUGAGGAUUGAGAGAAUACAUGUAGCAAUGGCAGUUUAUGUUGGUUUGUUUUCUUUCUGUAAACGUGUGAUAAAUGUAUUGCGAUUUCAUGUGCUGGUUUGGAGAUGAGGGAAUAUCCGGUGCCAAACAGAGCAGAUCUCUGCAGGCAGCUUUACGGUGGGUUGGCAAAGCCUGUUUACAGCAGGUUCCACCUCAGGCCUGCACCGCACCCAUCUCAUUCUAGUUCACUUUGAUACCUUCCUUCACUCGCUGCUGUUACAAAAUCCUGACAGCAGUCAUAUGUGUUCUUGUUGUGAGCUGAGGAACAGGUGAAGUUUAAAAACACAAAUGUUGUAGCUUGCACCUUUCACCUUUGUGGACUGUCCAUGUUCUCACAGCUGAGCUGGGACAGCAGCCGCCUCCACAGUUGCCAUGUAGCUCCAUCCCACAAAAUUGGGUGUCAUUUUUUAUGAGUUUAACAGGAGCAAUAUUGAUCCAUUCACUUUAUUUCCUAAGUUGUGAAUCACUCAGUGCUGGAAAUGAUACACGUCUCGUGUUGCUAUGAAUAGAAAAACUGAGAGUUGUGUUUUAGGAUGUGCUGGUACAAUCCCUGCCUGCUGUUCAGUGUUUCGAGUGCUGAAGUUAACCAAAAUGUUACCUUCGUGGAUUAUCUCAGCCUCAGCUCUGUGUAAAAAUGGGUAUGAAUUUCCAGUUGCUAUUCCUGGUUUCUCUGUGCAUUCUGAGCCAAAGGUAAAACAGUGGGAAAGAUGGUUGUGGCAGCCACUCAUUGACAGCUUUUCAGAUAUGUAAGGCCAUUCUGUCUGUCAUCUGACACUGUUCCAGUUUUUUCACUGGAUCAUCAUGCUGUUGAAUAUCUCGAUGGGUGUUGUCAGCCAGUGGAGGGAAGGUGAAGGAGCUCACCACCCAGGAAGGGUAAAAAUGUAGCAAGUAACAAGCUGUCUUCUCCAGAAGUCAUUUAUUUGUAGUGCUUCACUGUCAGUAACAUUUGUACCUUCAAUUAUUAUUGUACCGUUCAGUAUCUUGAGGUGGUAUGAGCAGAAAUAUAUGAAUAUAUAUAAUUUACAAGACGUAUAGGCUUGUACUGUGCCUUUGUAAUUCUCUUCAGCUUCAGUAUCUAUAUGCUACAAGCAGACAAACUUCCCUCUUUUGGGGUGUUCUUUACUACAACAGUAGCUGAUGGCUUCAUUAAUACUGACUAUUUUAGUCUUCUGGGGCUAACAUUUAUGUUUUUCUGGGUGAAAAUGCCCUCAGCAGAAGUAAGCACAAUGACAUAACACUGCAGUGCAUGCUGUCUCUUAGCUUCUCUCUACAUGUGCUUGCAUGUUGGAAAUUCAAAAGUGCUGCUGUAUAAAAUUGCUACAUUAUUUACCCAAUACAGGUGUUCUUCUGCAUCCCUUUUUAGCUCAAAACUCCUGUUGUCUUGGAAGUUAGUGAUGGCUCAAAAGGGGGUUUUGGCUGCACAAAGGAUGCAGGGAGCAACUCCUAAGUAGUUUACAGGCUGCUGUAAAUGUCUUUUUGGCAAAGAAAUGUAGCAUUUUAGCUGUAAAUUCCUAGUGAAAACACUGAGCGUGCUUAUCACUUAAGAUUGUAAUGGAAAAAAAAAGGUGUCAGACUGUGUAAUUUUAUCUCAUCUAACUUUGACACUUAACCAGUUUUACCUGCGUGUUUAUGCUACACCAACCAACACAGACCUGAAAGGUGACAGCCUUGUCUUAGUACUGCAGCUACUCAAGAAGUCACGGUUUUCCAGAGCUUCUGUUUGGAUUUUUUGUUCCUUUAACACAUUUUCAUUGCAGAGGUAUUUUUCUGUAGAGUUACUUGAGGCUUUCUUUAACCAACGCAAGAGUCUGUAGCCCUCUGCACUGUGAAAGGCAAAGCCCUGUGGGGACACUCGGGCUUCGCGCUUGCCCAGCAAAUUAGCAGAAAUUUCACCCAAGCCAUAAAAGCCUCUUAUGUUAAUCUCUAUUUAUGUAAUUAAAGCAAUUAGGGGUAGGAGCUUCAGGAAUAAUGAGGUGUCUCUAUCAUUCAUUUUCUCUCUCUCUGUACUUCCUAGGGAUUUAAGGGUUCUUUUUCCAAGGCUCAGCUGUGUUUCCUCAAACCAGUGCAGUCCAGGCAUUGUGUGAGGUGCAGUUUAUGGAGAUAGCAUUGGAGCGUGAAAGAUUUACUUCUGGUAGCAAGGAAUAAUCUGUGUCCCUGUGGACAUGGACACUUGCAAACAAGUCUGAUACCGAGAAUUAAAAAAAAAAAAUAAAAAAAUUGAAGAUGGUACCAGUACAUCAGACUCUGUUCUACAGUGGGGUUUUUAGCUUUUGUCAUUUGUAUUUUAUUUUGUGAAAAAGGAGUUGGGGGGAUCUCAGAUCACAUGGGGAAUAUUAGAAGUAUAUCAUUCAACAAUCAUUUUAUAAAGUCUAACUUCAAAAUGCACUAUGAUUUAUUACAAAAGUAUAUUUUCUUCUGCUUGCCGACAUGGUGGUUCCAUUUUGUGAUAAGUUAAACUCAGCAGUUAAUUUGUUGCACUGCCUGGCUGCAUGACUUCAUCCAGUGUACAUACGUACCUGUGCAGCAUUACUUUUGGGGUUUGUAUUUGAAUUUGCAGUAUUGAUUAUUAUUUUUGUAUUUUACUUUGCCUCUGUUAUUGGAAUUGUAGUAAACAUAAUUUAUACAUAUGAUUUUACAACUGUUUUGCAACUGAAAAGUCUCCUUUAAAUUGUAAAGUUUUAUUGAUGGAUACUCAUUAAAAUGGUAUAAGAAUUAUAUUAACAAUUGUUUUGUGUUUUGAUGCUCUCUGUACAUAAAUAUAUGUCUAUUUAUCUGUUUAAUGGUGCUUGUGUCUUGCAAUUUUGGAUACAUUUUAGAAUAAAGUUUCAUUUUACAAGAA